AUGCCUUCAAUCACAAGUGUGGCCCUCUCGGCUCUUGCAGCGACAACAACCAUCGCAACAGGAAUCAACGAUUUCAACUGCAAAUCCGACUCCAACCCGGUCAUCUUCCUACACGGCCUGGGCGCAACCUACUAUGAAGACAUCAAUUUCAUGCAAUACUGGCUCCAAACCCAGGGCCACUGCACCUACGCCCAAACAUACGGCGCCUACGACGGCUUCCCCUUCCUGGGCGGACUGAAGAGCAUCAGCGAAAGCGCCCCUGAAAUUGCCGCUUAUAUCAAGGAAGUCGUCGCCAAAACUGGCAAGGACAAGGUCGACCUUGUCGGUCACUCGGAGGGUGCUUUCCAGGCACUUUACGUGCCCAAGUUCGAGAAUGUCUCGCAACUUGUUGAUAAGAUCGCUGCCAUUGCGCCGCCGACCCACGCGACUUCUUUCGCUCACUUGUAUGAUUUGGCCUACGUGCUCGGUAACACUACCCGUGCUGUUGUGAAGGAUGUCCUUGACCUUGUUGGCUGUCCUGCUUGUGAUGAGGUUGGUCCUGAUGGUGCUGCUGUGCUCCGGUUGAAUGAUGGUCAGCCUAUUGUCCAGCCUGGAAAUAAGGUGACUAUUAUUGCUUCCAAGUAUGAUGAGCUUGUCACUCCUCCUUCUACGUCGUUCGUCGAUGAGGAUGGUGUUACCAACCGCUGGAUUCAGGAUACUUGCCCGCUUGACCCAGUUGGUCAUAUUGGUGAGGCUUAUGAUCUGAAUGUCUGGAACUUGGUUAAAAAUGUCCUUGAUGAUACUCCUGAUCGCAAGUUCGUUUGUUUACUCGGUUCGCCUGGUAAAUAG